CCGGCCUACGAAGAUGGCCGGCGAACACUCCUAUCCUCUGCUCGUUGAGCUCGAAGAAACCAACAUUCCCAGAUUAAAAAUCAAGUUAGUGAAAUACUUUCAAAGUAAGAAAUCUAACGGUGGUGGCGAGUGUGAGGUGGAGUAUGAAAAUGGCAGCAGGACAGCGAUGGUGCGCUUCCGGAGAGAGGAGGAUCAGAGAAAUGUUCUGGCCAAAGAGUCGCAUCAGAUCAGUCUGGAAAAGGGCGUUUUGAAGCUGACGGUCCGCUUACCCACGGAAGAGAAAUCAUCACGGGAAACUCCGUCUGAUAAAGAUAAGAAGACAUCAGAUGUUGCUGCAGACAAACAACCUACUGCUGAUAAAAGCAACCCAACAGUCAAAGUUCAAACAGAAACAGAAAGUGGAGACGAUGAUACAGCAGAUGAAGAGCCAUGUUCCACCUCGGCCGUUUUAGGGAAUAUUCUUGAUAAUACCAACCAGGAGUUCUUGGAGAUGCUGGUGGAAAACAUCACAAAGUGUCAUGACUUCACUUUGGAAUUCUUUCCUGACAUCUUCUCUGCUGUGGUGACUUUCCAGAGUGGAAAAGAAAAUGCUAAUUUUGUGGCAAAAUGCCCCCAAAACAAAAUGUUCACCAAGAAGGGAUUUUCUAUUCAACCUCUCGAAGUCACAAAGCAAGUUCUAGUUGACGACAUUCUACACUUUAGUGAAGAAGUUCUUCAGCUUUAUUUUGAAAAUGAAGGUGGGGAUGUGGAAGAGGUUUUACUUAAUGAAGCGCACCAGUCUGCUGUCAUCACAUUUAAAGAUCAUCGAGCUGUUCAAAAAAUCUUCAAGAAGAAGCAUUCCAUAAAAAAGGAAGAAAUCAGAGUUUACCCUUUUUAUAAAUCUCUGGGCAUGGCCCUCUACGGCAAAGACAAACCUUCAAUAAAACUUCCCGCUGCCAUCUCAGAGCCCAUUGACAGUGCUGUCCUCAGAUACCUAGCUCAAAAUACAUCAGCAGCAGAGGCCAUUUGUAGUCAAAUGGACAAACACUUCUGCAUCGUGAACCUCGGCCAAACUACUGUGACUUUGAGUCCUGUGUCUUCUUUACUAAAGCAAAAGGAUGCCAAAGCCCUCAUCAAAGAAUGGACUGAUACUGUGAAGUCAGCAUUUGCACAAUCUGUGUCAAAGUUCAAAUCCUUGAAGUUCAAUCCAGAUUCAGAUGCAUGGAAAGAGUCUGAGAAAAAGAUCAGAGAGAUGUUACUGAAUGAAAAUGUGAUUUUAGUAUCUGAUAAAGACAGUGGUGCUUUAUCAGUGGCUGGUCCUGUUAGUGAUGUCAACAGACUGGAGAAAUCUCUUUCUGAAAUUAUUAACAAGAUUGCAAAAACGAUCCACAGGGAGAAAUCAAGUAAAACCGAAGAGAUCCAAGUGUCACCAUCAGUUUUUCAUCUCCUGUGUCAAGAUGGCCUUAUGGACAAACUUCUACUUGUGUAUCCAGAACUCAAAAUGUCAUCAGAGAGUCCUAAUCUGAAAAUAACUGGCUUAGGGGAAGAGAUUAAUGCAGCAAACAAAGUUAUAUUUGCUGCAGUACUUGCAUUAAAACGACAGAAUCUGGAAAUAGAUAAAAAUGUUCUUGAACUGUUGAAGGAUGAGCAACAAGAGGAGCUUACAGAUGCUCUCCUCACAUCUCAUCAAAUAAACGCAGCAUUUGAAAUCAGUGAAUACAGGGUGCAGCUCCUUGCUGUUUCUGACAGAGAUCUGUCUCAUGCUCAGGACCAUCUAGGACAGCUGUUAACAUCUCAGUACAUUAAUGUUGAAGACAGUAACGUCCUGAAGAAGCCAGAGUGGCAGCAGCUGGUCAGUCACUUAGAGCAGGCUAACAGUAAGCCAUGCAGAACUCGAAUCAACACAACUGCUCAACAAGUCGUGGUGUCAGGCUACAAGGAUAGUGUCAUAAAAGUUCAGCAUCAGCUUGGUGACUUCUUAACACAGAACGCUCACAUUGAAGAAACUGUUGUGGUCAAAGCUAAUGCUGUCGUUAAAUACUUAGAAGAUUUCAACACAUCUUGGAUGGAGAAAGUGAAAGACAUGGUGAGAGUGUCUUACAGAAAUGAGGCCAUCUGUCUGAGUGGAUCCAGAGUGAAUGUGACACAUUGCAAGACUGUGGUUGAAGGUGUCGUCUCUGCUGUAGUCUUUGACAGUGUGAAUGUCUACAAGUCUGGAGUGAAGAAGCUCUUCCAGGAAAAUGAAGCUGUGUAUUUUUCCGCAAUCAAAACUGAAACUGGUUGCCUGGUCCAACUGGUCGAUAAGCCAGGUGGUGGACAAGACAACGUUCAACAAGUACCAACACCUUUAUACCAACUUAAGACACCUGAAGGAGUAGAAAUCGCUGUUUCCAAGGCAGAUAUGUGCAGCUACCCAGUGCAGGCAGUUGUCAGUCCAUCUAAUCAAGACUUGAAACACAGAACUGGUCUUGCAGCAGCACUUUUGAAGGCUGCCGGCCCUCAGUUACAAGAUGAAUGUGACAAAGCAAUUAAAAACAAGGGUCAGCUCAAGCCAGGAGACUGUGUCAUAACAAAUGCAAGAGGAAAUCUUUGUUGCAAAAAAGUCAUCCAUGCUGUGGGACCCAAGUUUGAAAAAGAUAAACAUGAAAAAGCUUUGGCUCAGUUGAAAAAAGUUGUUAAAGGAAGCUUAGAACUCGCUGUGGCCCACGGAUGCGUCUCAGUAGCUCUUCCAUCUAUUGGCAGAGGAAUGCGCUGCUUUCCCCUCAAGCAGUGUGAACUCACCAUUGUUAAAGCAGUGAAGGAGUAUUGUGAUGAGAACUUUGAUGACAUCAUCUUGCAGAAAAUCCAUUUUGUGAACAAUGAUGACAUUGCUGUUCAGGAUAUGGUGGCUGCUGUCAGACAGGAGUUUGGAAACCUCAGUGUCACUCAUUCUCAUCAAACUCCUGAUCUCACUGCUCCCAUGCAAUCAGUAUCACAGCCUGCUGGAUCUGACCUGUACUUAAAUCAUGUGCAGACCAAAGAAGGCGUGGACAUUGUUCUUAAAAAGGGAGAAAUAGAGUUUGCCACGACAGAGGUGAUUGUGAACACUAUGUCUUCAGACCUUGACCUCAACAGAGGUGCAGUUUCACAAGCCAUCUUGCGUGCAGCUGGACCCAAACUUCAGCAGUUAGUAGAUGCACAGGGUGCUACUGGAAAUGUUGGUGAGAUCAUUGUUACUGAGGGCUGCCAACUAAAAAGCAAAAAAGUUUUUCACACAAUUGCACCUCACUGGGAUAAUGGACAAGGCACAUCUGAAAAGACUUUGAGGGGAAUCUUUAAGGACUGCUUGGACAUGGCAGAAAGUAAUAAUCUAACCUCCAUAUCCUUAUCAGCCAUUGGCACUGGAAAUAUGGGUUUUCCUAAAGAUCUCGUAGCCUCUUUGAUGUUGGAUAAUAUUUUAGAGUUUAGCAAAAAGAAACACCCCAAGCACCUGAAGAAGGUUGUGAUCGUACUUUACCCGAGUGAUACACAAACUAUCCAGGCUUUCAGUGAUGAAUUUCAGAAGAAGUUUCCCAGUGCUUCAAGUGGUUCAACAAGUUCUACACAAAGUAAAGGAGGCCCCUUCUCUAAAAUCACCUCGACCUCAGACAUGCACGAGACUAAAAUGGGCAAUGUGACUAUACAGGUAGUAACAGGAGACAUAACCAAGGAGACCACUGAUGUCAUUGUAAACUCCUCCAAUGACAACUUUACUCUUAAGACAGGAGUGUCUAAAGCUAUUCUAGAAGCAGCUGGUCCGGCUGUUGAAGUGGAAUGCCGCAACCGUGGUGCUGAACUCAACCAGGGCUUGAUAUUGACAAGCCCUGGUAACCUGAAGUGUAAAAAGAUCCUCCACUUGAUUGGACAGACAGACCCAGUAAAAAUCAACAAGACUGUGAAAGAUGCACUCCAGAUAUGUGUGAAAAGCUCUUUCGCCUCUGUAUCGUUUCCUGCCAUCGGCACAGGUCAAGGCAAUGUAAAAGCAAGACUAGUGGCCGAUGCCAUGUUGGAUGCAGUGACUGAUGUGUUGAGCCAAAACACUGCCAGCCCCCUGACUACAGUUCGCAUAGUUAUUUUCCAGAAACCUAUGCUUAAAGACUUCCACAGCAGUAUGCAACAGAGGGAAGCUGCUGAUCCCGAUUCUAAGGAUAAAGGAGGGUGGAGCUGGGGGGACAUUGGCUCCAAAAUCAAAGCACUCUUUACUGGUGGAAGUGCUGAUAAACCAAAGAAAGACAAAGAUUUUAUCAUUGAGAGUCUGAAAGUGGAGGCUACUUGCUUCCACAUUUGUGGUGACACACAAGCCAACGUUGACUCGGCUAAGAAAUGGAUAAAUGACAAGAUAUCCCAAGAACAUGUUAACAUGAAAAUUGCAGACAAUGCCAUCCUUUGUUUCUCUGAUGCAGAUCGACAGAAAAUUGUUGACAUGCAGAAGACCAUGGGCAUCAGCAUAAGGACUGUGAGCAAUAAGCCCAAAGCCACAAUCACUAUUGAAGGACUGAGCAAGGAUGUGCUCAAAGCUAACGCUGAAAUCAAUGAAAUGAUGAGCAGGGUGAGAGACGAGGAGGAAUUAAAGAGGAAAGUGGAGCUGGCGAGCACUGCAGCAGACUGGAAGUAUCAGCAGUCCGGGUUCCAAUUUCAGAGUUUUGAUGAAAUGACCAACUUCCACCUCGAGGAAGCACUGCAACAAAAUUUGCCAACUGUAAAAGUUACAGUCAAGGGUCAAGAUUACACUGUCACCAUGCCAAGAGGACCUGCCACUGACAGCCAGGGAAAUAUCCUGGAGAUAAAGAGAAUUGACAAGCUAAACGAUGAUCUUCCUGAGCACUGGGAUCUCAUGCAACCUAACGUCACCAGUCAGGCUUUCACACUACAAGCUGGGACACAGGAGUAUGAUGAAAUUCAGAAGCUGUUCAAGGCCUCGUGCAACAAAAACAUCAUCAAGAUCGAGAGGAUCCAGAACCCUGGAUUGUGGAACAGUCUACAGGUUAAGAAGCGUGACAUGGAAGUGAGAAAUGGUCACCAGAACAACGAGAGACGUCUUUUCCAUGGCACCUCCGAAGCCACUGUGCCAAAUAUUAAUGAUCGUGGUUUCAACAGGAGCUACGCUGGAUUGAAUGCUACAUACUACGGCAAUGGCACGUAUUUUGCUGUCAACGCUAGCUACUCUGCUCAAGACAUCUACUCCAAGCCAAGUCCAAAUGGGGAGAAGUUUAUGUACGUCUGCCGAGUUCUGACUGGUGACUUCACUCUUGGACAACAAGGCAUGAUUGUACCACCAGCGAAAGGCACCAUCUCCACUGACCUGUACGACAGUGUUGUGGACACAAACCCCAAUCCCACCAUAUUUGUUGUCUUCCAUGACACUCAGGCUUAUCCUGAGUAUUUGAUUACAUUUAAGUGAUGCAGCCAACGAGGAAGAUUAUAAAUCAUAACUUGAUAUUACCUAUUAUGCUCAUUUUUAGCUCCAUAUUUUUAUUCUUGGACUGUACUCAAGUGGCUUUGCAUGAUUCACAGUUCAAAAUAAUCCUUCUAUAGUGGGCUUAUUGCAGCCCUUCAGUUCACCCUCUUCCUGAAACACCCCUUUUCCCUCCCUUUUCCCUUGGCUUCUGUGCCAAAGUCAGAAAGAUGUGCAUUAGAUUAUUAUAUUAAGCAAACAGAUUGUCACUAACACAAUAAAGACUCAUACGUAGAGCAAACUGGAGGAAUCAGCCUUCACAGCAGUCUUUAGCCUGAAUUUUGGCUCAGGGAUUAUUUGUACACAUGGUGUCUAUUAAUAUACCCACCCAUGAUCAAUUAGCCUUUGGUAGGCCUACCAUGCGGCAAAGCAAAAGUCCUGACAGCACAGCCCCUGGGAGCACUGGGACACUCAAAACCCUACACCACAGUAACACUGUGAUUCAUAGAAUUUACUUUUUUCUUUUGUUCAGACAACUUCUAUUCAGUGUUUUAGUAAUUUUCUUUGAGCAAAUGCCUUUCAACUACAUUCAUGUUGCAAGAGAAAACCACAAAUAUUAUACAAUCAAACCAAUCACAGAUGUACUCGUUACACAUUCUAAGAUUUAUUCAAGCAUGGAUUGUGGGAGAACUAGAAGUUUUUGAAAAAAUACAAUUCCUUUUGGCAUUUCUUUUUUUUUACUUUUUAUUUUAUUUAUUUGAACAACUCUCCUGUCUAAUACACAUACAGUUUCUUCAGAAUAAUAGAAUACUAAGACAGUCACAAACUUAAGGAGAAAAAAAAAGGCAGAGGAAUUAGAAAGAAAAAGGAACAAACAAUAUAUAUAUUUAUUUAUAAAAAAAUAUAUAUACAUAUAUAAUAAUAAUAAUUAGAAAAAUAAGAUAAAGUAAAAGAAAAGAAAAGAAAGAAAAAGGAAACAUGCCUGUGGUGUCAAACACUUCAAUCAUUCAUUUCAAUUUCUUGUUUUUGUAUGCCCAUCUUCAUUCAGCUCUGUCUUUUUGUUGUUGUUGUUGUUGUACGUUUAUCCAUUUUCCCCAGUCCUUCAAAAAGCGUUCUUCCUUUAAUUUCAGUUUAUAUGUAAAGUUCUCCAUCUCCAUAAUGUCCUCCACAAUUGCUACCCACUGCUUCUUUCCUGGUGUUUCUGUCUUAAGCCAGUUUUUGGUGAUGGCCUUCUUUGCUGCCAAAAGGAGAAUCUUAGCCAGGUAACGAUCCUUUACAUCUACAGUACAUUCCAAGUAUCCUAGAUACAAAACAAGGCAGGUUCUGGGAAUUACAUGACCUAAUAUAUCACAGAGAGCUGAGUGAAUUUUGACCCAGAAAGUGUGAAUUUUUCUGCAUUUCCAGAAAAUGUGUGUAUGGUCUGGUUCAUCCCAUCCACACAGCCUCCAACAUUGUUGUUGUGUAUUGGUUUGUUUAUUUUUAAUCUUAGGUGUAAUAAAGUAGCGAAUUUGAUUUUUCCAGAUGAAUUCUCUCCACUUUAAUGACUAAGUUGUAUUCUUAUGUUCUUUCCAUGUUUCAUACCACACCUUCUCAGUGAUUUCUUCAUUCAGCUCUCUUUCUCAUUUUACUUUAACAUAUACAGUUGAUUCCUGUCUUGAUUCCAUCAAACACUUGUAUAGGGUAGACACUGUUCUUGGAAUAACACUUUAAUAUGCUAGCAUAAUUAUUUUUAUAAUAGGAUGGAUUUUGUCUUCCUUUAUUUUUAUGUUUUUAUUAAGGUAAUCUCUCACCUGUAAGUAUCUAAAAAAAAAUCCUUGUUUUUUAAGUUGUAUUCCCGUUUUAAUUCUUCAAAACUUUUAAUUUCUCCUUUUUUGAUUAAUAAACAAAUUGCUGUGAUUCCCUUUUCAUUCCAAUUUUUAAAACCAAGAUCCAAUUUUUCUGGUCUAAAUUCUUCAUCGAAGGCUAUCCAUUUUAGCAAACCAAGCUCUUUACCAAUUCUUAACUCCUUUACUGUAUCAUACCAUACAUUUAAUGUAAAGGAUAUUAUCGGGUUCCUAUCUUGGUCUUUAGUUAUGUAUUCAAGGGUCUUUUUUUAUACCCAUGUUUGUUUGAAUUGGGACAUUGAGUGUGGAGAGCUCCACAUCCUUCCAGCGAGCCCCGUAAUCAUCACUACACCAAUAUGUUAUCUGGCGUAUCUGUGCAGCACGAAAAUAUUCUUUUAAAUUAGGAAGCGACAUUCCUCCUUUCUCCUUAGUAAGCUGUAAAGUAGUGUAUCGUACCCUUGGCCACUUGCCUUCCCAGACAAAUCUAGAUAUAUACUUAUCCCAUUCUGAGAAUUGGGUUUGAGGUAUGCUUAUCGGAAGAGAGAGGAAUAAAUAUAACAAUCGUGGUAAGAUAUUCAUCUUUAUAACAUUUAUCCUGUCACUAAAUCCUAACGGAUAUGUAUUCCAUCUUUCCAUAUCCUGCCUUAUCCUGUUAUUUAUAUGUCCAUAGUUACUUUGAUAUAGUUUGGCAUAGUUUUUGGUUAUAUUUAUACCUAAAUAUUUAAGGGUUUUUGCCUCCCACUUUAUUUCCCAUUCCUUAAGAUUUUGAGUUGGUGUACAAUUAAACAUUAGAACUUGAGUUUUAAAUAUAUUUACUUUGUAGCCAGAAAGCGUACCAAAUUUUCUUAACAUUUCUGUAAGCUGCAUAAAAGAGUUUGUGGGGUUUUUGAGGGCUAUCAACACGUCAUCUGCAAACAGACUAAUUACAUGCUCUUGUUUAUUGAUUUCUAUUCCUGUUAUUAGGGAGUCUUGUCUAAUCAUUUGUGCCAAUGGCUCAAUAUA